CCAUUCGACGGCAUCUAGAAAACAGUGGACUUGUCUCGGCUUCCUGAAAACAUACGACACUUCUUGCUUGAUAAGGAAUACCUUUGCGAUGGUACGGGAACGUACAGUGUACCAGAGGAGAACAGGCAAUGAAUUUGCUUGAAGGCACAGCUGGCUGUCCUGAAUGGCUUCUAAAUAAAGAGGACUCUGCUGCAGGAUGACAAUAUGGCUGCGCAGCUGCUUGCACCUCCAGGCCCCAAUAGCUUCAAGAGGUUCACCCCAGAGACUUUGGCCAACAUCGAGAAGCGCAUCGCUGAGGAGGAGAAGAAGCAGCCUGUUAAGCCCAGAUCUGACAGCAGUCACCGCGAUGACGAUGAUGACAACAAACUGCGACCCAACACUGACUUGGAAGCGGGGAAAGGCGUACCCUUUAUUUAUGGGGAUGUACCUUCUAACAUGUUGGCUGUGCCCCUGGAGGACUUGGACCCCUUCUAUUUGAACAAGAAAACCUUUAUAGUGCUUAACAGAGGAAAAACUAUCUUCCGUUUCAGUGCCACGCCCUCGUUAUAUAUCAUUAGUCCUUUUAACCUAUUCAGGCAAAUAGCAAUUAAAAUUUUGAUACACUCACUUUUCAGCAUGAUCAUCAUGUGUACAAUUUUGACAAAUUGUGUCUUCAUGACAUUCAGCAAUCCUCCAGAAUGGUCCAAACAAGUAGAAUACACUUUCACAGGAAUCUACACUUUCGAGUCACUCACAAAGAUUGUGGCUCGAGGUUUUUGUAUAGAUGGCUUCACCUUCCUCAGAGACCCUUGGAACUGGCUGGAUUUUAUGGUCAUCUCUAUGGCGUAAGUAUAAUCCUG